AGAACGAGAGGAAGACCGGCAGAGCCCGAAUUCUCCGCUUUUAUCCUCCGUUAUUUGUUCUUCAAGUAAUUCCAUCCAAGAGCAAGAAUAAGAAGCAGAAUUAGAAUAGACUCAGAAUACAUCGGCGUCGAUGGAGGAAGAAGAGAAAGGCUUGGCGGCGGCGGAGGUGCCGGCGGUGGAGAGGCUGUUGGUGAUGGUGGAGGAGAUCGCCGCCAUCUGUGACUUCCGGAACGCCUACAGGAAGCAGCUCGGGAACCUCUCCCGGCGGAUCAAGCUGCUUGCCCCCAUGUUCGACGAGCUUAAGGACAGUAGAGACCCAAUCCCGGAGUCGACGGCUAGAACCCUAGCUCCUCUCGAGGACGCCCUGGCCUCCGCCAAGGAGCUCCUCCGCUUCGGCAGCGAAGGGAGCAAGAUCUUCCUGGUUCUUGAGAGGGAUAAGAUAAUGAAAAGGUUCCAGGAAGUAACUGCUCAAUUGGAGCAAGCUUUGGGUGGAGUUUCCUUUGAUGAACUUGACAUAUCAGAUGAAGUUAGAGAGCAGGUUGAGCUUGUGCAUGCUCAGUUUAAAAGAGCCAAAGAACGGAUUGAUAUGCCAGAUCCUGAGCUAUAUGGUGAUCUUUUAUCCCUACACAAUAAGGGCACUGAUGCAAGUGCAGAUCCAACUAUCCUGGGAAAGUUAGCAGAAAAAUUACAAUUGAUGACUAUCUAUGAUCUCAAACAAGAAUCAUUAGCUUUACAUGAGAUGGUGGUUGCCAGUGGCGGUGGAGAUCCUGGAGCGAACAUCGAAAAGAUGUCGAUGUUGCUAAAGAAGAUUAAGGAUUUUAUGCAGACCCAGAACCCUGAAAUGGGCACUCCAGCAAAUUCUAAAUUUCUUUCCGAUGGCAAGCCUAAAACUCUGGUCAUUCCAGAUGACUUCCGCUGUCCAAUAUCGCUGGAUCUGAUGAGCGAUCCAGUCAUUGUGGCCACCGGACAGACAUAUGAACGUACAUGCAUUGAGAAGUGGUUAGCGUCUGGGCAUGACACUUGCCCAAAGACACAGCAGAGGUUGUCCAACGUGUCAAUAACACCGAAUUUUGUCCUCCGCAGCCUUAUAGCUCAUUGGUGUGAAGCCAAUGGUGUGGAGCUACCAAAGCGACCUACCCGGCCUAGUAAGCCCUCCUCAGCCUGCUCCUCAAGUGAACGUGCUAAUAUAGAUGCACUUCUGUGCAAGUUAUCCUCCCCCGAUCUCGAAGACCAAAGAUCAGCUGCUGGAGAACUUCGUCUUCUAGCCAAGCGCAAUGCUGACAACCGCAUCUGUAUAGCUGAGGCUGGUGCUAUCCCUCGCCUCGUAAAUCUACUUGCCACGGCUGACCCACGCAUUCAGGAGCAUGCAGUUACUGCCCUUCUGAAUCUCUCCAUCUGCGAGGAGAACAAGGCAAACAUUAUUGCUUCAAGGGCUGUGCCUGGAAUUGUGCAUGUGCUGAGGAAUGGUAGCAUGGAAGCAAGGGAGAAUGCUGCAGCCACCCUUUUCAGCCUAUCUAUUGUAGAUGAAAAUAAAGUAAUGAUCGGGGCAUCAGGGGCAAUUCCAGCACUUGUAUCUCUGCUGAGUGAAGGCACCCAGAGAGGCAAGAAGGAUGCGGCAACAGCACUUUUUAACCUGUGCAUAUACCAGGGGAAUAAGGGAAAGGCGGUGAGAGCUGGCGUGGUUCCAUUACUAAUGGGACUUCUAACAGAGCCUGCAGGGGGGAUGGUGGACGAAGCACUGGCUAUACUAGCAAUACUGUCAAGUCACCCUGAGGGGAAGGCUGCACUCGGAGCUGCUGAGGCUGUGCCAGUGCUGGUGGAGGUGAUCAGAAGUGGAACCCCCAGGAAUAGAGAGAAUGCAGCAGCUGUUCUGCUGCAUCUAUGUAGUGGGGAGCAGCAGUACCAUUAUCUAGCCAUGGCGCAGGACUGCGGAGUGUUAGGACCCUUGCACGAGCUUGCAAUGAAUGGCACAGACAGGGGCAAGAGAAAGGCGGUGCAGUUGCUCGAGCGCAUGAGCCGAUUUAUGGAGCAGCAACAGGAGACUCAGGCUCAGGCUGCAUCUUUGGUUCGCACUCAGUUCGAGGUCCUUGCCGAGGCUGAACAGUCAGAAAUUCCAACUUCCACGGCCCUUGUUGAUUUAUAACCUUUUCCUCCUUGUUGGAUUGUUACUUUUGUGCCAAUUUGUUGAGGUGAGGAAGAUUGAUAUGAAGAUUGGCUGGUGGAAGGUCACCUGCCUGCCGAUUUUAAUUUAUGGAUCGUGUUGUUAUGUACUGAGUUUGGAAUAUAGAUUUAGUAGUGAUGGAGGGUUGUUUUUUAAUCAGAAAGCGUGGGAGGUGUAAUAUCACCUGCCUUUCCGAUUAAAUAUGGGUUGUGUUGUUAGAUUUGAGUUUGGGGUUAUGCCUAUGUUGGAGAGCCUAUGACUGAGAAUAUGGAGGGAAUCCUUGUAAUGUAUCAUAUAGCACGAUGUAGUGUGGCCUUAUUCAAUUUUAGUAGAGAGAAAUAUGAUAAAACGUUGCAGUGAUGUGAAGAUUCCUCUGGUCCUCUUUGUUUCAGGACUCAGUUCUAGAAGACCAGCUUCUUCAGGUUUGAAUGUCUACCAUCCUGUGAGGCUUGGCUUUAUAAACUAGGUGGAACUGCAGGUUGGAUAAGAAGAAAGGAUCUUUGAGAAUGCAUCUAUCAGCUGGAACAUUCUACUGUA